AUGAUGUACGGGAAACGGUAUUUUCGUUUACUCGUGGCGGUUGCCAUAUUUUUCAUUGUGGUGAAUUCAAAAUUAAAACAUCAAAAUUUUUAUGAUGUUGUUAAUGCUUUCCCUCUCAAUUCUUCCUUAAUCGACGAUAAGAAAUAUCACAAGUCUGAAUUAACAAUUUAUACUGAUCCUGCUAAUUUAGUGAAGGAAAAAUCUACUGAUUUUGAAUUUAUUAAACAAGAUAUGUGCCGUGAUUUAAAAUUCACCGGCGACUUCAAAAUUUCUGAUCAAGCUUAUUUAGAAGCUGAUUUUAACAGUAUAAAAAAUGCAUUAAAAGAAAAUCCAGAUUAUGAAAAAAUAAUUGAAAUUGCUAAAACUAGAUUUAAACCAACAAUUCCUGAAGAGAAACAAUGGUUUAGAUUUGGUGGUUCUUCAGUUUGGUUACCUCAAUAUAAUUUACAUUAUAUGGUUAGUCGUGUUUUGUAUUCACCUUCUGGUAUUCCUAAUAAAUCAUUUGUUUCAUUUUUAUAUAUUCAAUUAUUUGAUAAAGAGUGGAAAGAAUUACCUCCCAUGCAAUUACAAAUCCCUUAUGUUAGCAAUCUUGUUGAAAAUAGAUUAAAUCUGGACGGGUCAGUUAAUCAAAAUAUUUUAGAUAAAACUGUUAGUUAUCGUGAAGUGAAAUAUCCUUCAUUUUUACCAAUUCCAAUUGAAUAUUUGACUCAAACUGAAAAUGGUAAAUAUUAUUAUGGUCCUGAAGAUCCAAGAAUGUUAACUAGAACUAAUCCUUUAGGUUUUGAUGAACCUUUAAUCGUUUUCAAUAUGAAAUCAGUUAAAUUAGUUAAGAGAGUUAUGCAUCGCUAUUUACCAUUUUCUCAUGAUUUGGCAGUUUUGAAAAAAAGAAAUGAACCUUGGGCUAAUAUUGAAAAAAAUUGGACUCCAUUUAUUAGUAGUACUAACUCUUCAGCUUCAGCUAAAUCAUUUGUUAAUUUCAUCUAUUCAAUUGAUCCAUUAGAAAUUUUAACUUGUGAAAUUGAUACUGGUAUCUGUGAUUUCUUACAAAAACCAAUUAAAGAUGAUUUGAAUUAUAUUGGUCCUUUGAGAGGUGGUUCUCAAUUAGUUAAUAUUCCAUUUGAUGAAGUUAUUCCAAAACAUAUUUUAGAUAAAUUUGAGUUGCCAAAGAAUCGUCAAGUUUAUGUUGGUUGGGCUAGAGCUCAUUUAAAUAAAUGUGGCUGUGGUGAAUCGAUGUAUAGACCUAAUUUAAUUGUUUUGGUUGAAGAUUAUAAUCCAGAUACUCAAAAAUUUUAUUAUAAAUUAGGUGAUGUUUCUGAAUAUUUCGACUUUGAUAGUUAUGUUCCUCCAUGGACUACACCAAAAUUGAAUGAUAAAGGUGAAUUAAUUGAAGAAAAAGAGCCCCCAAAACAAUGUACUGGUAGAAAUGUUUUAAUACCUAAUUCAAUUGCUUAUUGGAGUAUUGAAUCAAUUGUUCAAGAUCGUGUUUCUUAUCCUCGUAAAUAUUUCCAUAAAAUUCCUACUUUUGAACAAUUAGAUGAUAAAAAAGCCAUGAAGGUUACAAAAGUUGAACCGGGUCAUUUAAAGAAAAGAACAACUGAUUAUCCAAUCUAUUUUAAUGAUUAUAUGGGCGUUACAUUAUCAGCUGCAGAUUCUGAUGUUAGUAUUGUUCACCUUAAAGGUUUUUUAAAUUAUAUUUUAAAUUUACCAUCCUUGUAUGAUCCAAGUACUCAAGUUUUGGAUGAUUCAUUAUUUCAACCUCGUGGAUACACCUUCAAUAAUGAAUGUGCUAUGGAUGGUAGUCAUGAUUAUUGUAUAAGAUACGCUGAAGCAAAUGGGGGUGUCACAGAAUAUCCACCACCUGCUGAAACAGAUAAAAACGUAAUAAUAGAAACUUACUUAUAA